AUGGAUGACAAUAAACAAGGCUCUGAUGAUUAUCCUGAAGUUGAAAGUGAAAUUGAUGAUUUGCAAUGGCGUUAUCAAACCCGAUCAAGCAAAAGAGGAAACAAAGCACCACGUACUGAUUCCUUUGUUCAAGGACGAACAAUAAUAUCAUCUUCGCGUGGUAAUGGUAGGUUGGAGAAAAACAUAACACGUCAUAUAUCUUCACAACAAGAAGAACAAAAAAAUGAGAAAAAGAAUGACAACCUACAGAUGUCAAACGUUGAUGACGAACAAUAUGUUUCAACUAAUGAUAUUCAAAACUUACGUAUUAAAAAAUGCUGUGUUUUUGUCUUCACAGACAUCACUAUCUCCUCUUGAAGUACAAAACGUGUGUUAUAUUUUAUAAGUACCACUACCAACAGAUAUUACUAGGGUGUGGGUGUGGGUGAGGGUGUGGGUGUGUAUGGGUGUGUGGGUGAGUGGUGUAGGUGGGUGUGAGUAGGUAUG